UAUUAUUCAACCUUGGCGAACUCCUUUAUACUCUGCAUCAUUACACUGUUGUUCUAGUAGUUCCUCCAUGAUGGAGUUAGAGGCAUGUGCUGAUAAUGAUAAUGGUUCUUCUUCUUAUGAUAGAGAAGCUGAACUAAUAUCUUUUGAAGAUUCAAAAUCAGGUGUGAAGGGUCUUGUAGAAUCUGGUGUCACAAAGAUCCCACGCAUGUUCUAUUCACCAAACUUUGAUGAAACCUCAACACCAGCAAGUGACUCAAAUCUGAGAAGCAUCCCUGUCAUAGAUCUUCAAAACAUACACAACAAUAAUAAUAAUAAUCUUCUUCAUAUUCAGGUUAUUGACCAAAUUAGAAGUGCAUGCAAGGAGUGGGGCUUCUUUCAGGUGAUCAAUCAUGGUGUUCCUGUUGAUGUUCUUGAUGAGAUGAUCAGUGGAAUCCGUAGGUUUCAUGAACAAGAUGUUGGAGUAAGGUCAUUAUUUUACUCCAGGGAUAAGAACAAGAAUGUUAGGUAUUUCUCCAAUGGUACCCUUUUCAAAGCCCCUGCUGCUAAUUGGAGAGAUACUAUUGCUUUUGUUGCAAAUCCUAAUCCUCCAAAUCCUCAAGAAAUACCACAUCUUUGUAGAGACAUUGUGAUAGAAUAUUUGAAGAGAAUAAGGGAAUUGGGGGUUACAAUAUUUGAGCUAUUGUCAGAGGCUCUUGGCCUUAAUCCUUGUUACCUCAAAGAAAUGGGGUGUGCUCAGGAUCUUUUCAUGAUGGGUCAAUACUAUCCUCCAUGUCCUGAACCUCAAUUAACUAUGGGAACUAGCAAGCACACCGAUAGCGAUUUCAUGACAAUACUCCUGCAAGAUCAGAUGGGAGGGCUUCAAGUUCUUCAUGACAAUCAAUGGGUUAAUAUCCCUCCAGUUCAUGGAGCUCUUGUUGUAAAUAUUGGAGAUAUUUUACAGCUUAUGACAAAUGACACAUUCGUCAGUGUUUAUCAUCGGGUUCUAGCACAAAAUACAGGGCCUAGAGUUUCGAUUGCAACCUUCUUCAUGAAUUUUUCUACAUCUGAGUGUACAUCAAAGGUUUAUGGUCCAAUAAAAGAAUUGUUAUCAGAAGAGAAUCCUCCAAUCUACAGGGACAUUACUAUGAAGGAGUUCUUGGCACAUAACUUUGCAAAAGGCCUUGAUGGCAACUCUUGCUUGCAUCCCUUCAGGUUGUGACUUGUGAUGCAAACAAAUAAGAUAUAGUUGGUUUUGCUCUGUAUUUUACCAUUUUUGAUUCAGUCUUUUGCUUUGUUCUUUAUUGUUGUCAAUUUGUGUUUUGUGGUUUUCCUUAUCUAGUGAAUUUUAGGUAAUUAAAGCCAUGUUUAUUGUGUAUGCUGGCCAAAAGCAUAGUUUAUAUAGAAGAUAUAUGCUAGUUUGUAUGUAGCUUUGUUAUAGAAUUUUCACAAACAGAAACCAAUUUAUGUUAUAUGGAAA